UAGAUCUAGGCCCUAUUAAUUAUCUAGAUCUAGAUCUAACUAAUAUUUACUUAUUACUUUACAAAAAUCUACACAUCAAAUCUCAAAGCCAAAAGCUUUUGCAAAAGUUACAAGAUCUUGUAAACCCCACCACAGCCAUAUACAUGUCCAGUUCAGAAAAUUUUUUGCGGCACAGCCAUGAGUUUGGUGAUAUUGUUGUUUCAUGUCCAGUCCAUAUCUCUAAGGGAAUACGACAGAAAGAAAAUGCACUUGUUCUCCAAUACAGCUGUGCUUUGCUCAACUCAGGAGGUGGAGUUUUAGAGAUGAAAAACAUUGACUACCAACACACACAGUCCAAAUCAUUAGAUGCAUGGUGGAGUGGUAUGGAGAACAACCUGGCUGGGAUUUUAUCUAGUGAUGACAUUUGCAAUUAUUUUGAUUUUGUUGGCAACUUUGAUGACGAGUUCUUGUACCUGUUCGUCAAAUCCUCCGAACAUCUUUGCACUGUGGACUACAACUGUCGUCUCCCUACAGACACUGCCACGCAUUGUGUCACUUAUAAGUCAGCUGUUAAACUCUGCUCAACUACAGGGGGAAGCAGACCCUUGUCAGCCCUCCCCACAAUUCCAUCUUCCUUUGUGUAUGGUCAGACAGAUGAGACAUUGAAGCAAGAAGGCAAACAGAUCCAGUUUAAAUUCCUCACUUCUGAAUCAGAUUACACAAAAAAGGCAUUGGCUGACAAAGUCAGUUUUUAUUGUACUAGAUAUAUUUCAGCAUUUGCUAACCAUGAGGGAGGGCACAUUUACUUCGGUAUUGAAGACACAACAUCAGCAGUUUUAGGGGAGGAGAUGACAGAAAUUGAUGAGCUCAAAUGCACCAAAGCUGUUGAGUCCAAGAUGAAGGUGAUAAUCUGGGGGGAUGAGAGGUUUGCUGCUCUAAAGGGAGUUCACUGGGAUAUCAAGUUUGUACCAGUUACCUCAUGCCCCAACCAGCACCAGCGGAAGGUGGUAGUGGUAUCUGUGUGUAAAAUGUUCGGUGGUGUCUUCACAAGCUGUCCUGAAUCUUACUUCAUCACACAAACUCCGACAACAACAGCCAAUGAGCCACACUAUGGACUUAGGAGACUAAGCUUUGAUGAAUGGAAGACGGAGUUAUUAAAUCAAAACAGAGAUGUGAAAUCUCUACAUUCAAGAUAUAUUAAAAUACCCCUGCGAACACCGCAGUCUCGACUAGUGUUUUCUCUACCCCAUACACUGCAGGCAGCUAGGGAGAAGGUCAUCAAAUUAUCCACAGGGUUGAGCCUACAUCCUAAGAACAUCCUCCAGUCGUUCAGUGAAGAAAAUGUUAAGAAAGCCAUAACUAAACUAGUGGGGACAUUUAGUGAAGAGCCACACUUGAUCAUUUCACUUGAAUCCUGGGGAUUAGAACUAGAGUUGCCAGAAAAACCUUUAAAUGUGAAAGCUUGUCUGGCAAUCUUUAGUUCCCUGUAUGGCUUGCAUGUUGUCUCCCUUGUCUCAGACACCAGCAAUGAACAAGAGUUAUGGUCCUUCACAUCUCAACUGGCUAUAAGGCUCAAAAAGGUAUUAGUACAGCAUGGAGGGUGUACCAGCCACUUGGGGUUCAAAGUUCACAUUAUUGACAUCAAUGCUCCACUAAUGCUGGAACACUUUCAAGGCUCCAUUGACAUCGACAUAUACCCACAAACCUACAAACUUACAGAAGACAGCCUGAGUGAAAUUGUAACAGCGCUAACCAUCGCAGUAGCAUCAUACAAAAAUUUUGGAGUAGACGAUAAAGCUGACAGUGACCACUACUUUUUGCUGACCUGCGACCAGCUAGAGUUGUUGUGGUGCCAUCAGUUUACCAGAGAGCUCUGGAUACAUGGCCCGCCUGGCUCAGGAAAAACAGUUGCAGCAUUAGAAAUGAUUAAAGAGUUCCGUCGCAGGGGCUGUCAGAAGGAUGAGGUCUUGUAUGUUGCUGAGAACUCACUUCUGUGCUCUUUGGUCAGUUCCUUUGACAAAUGUCUAGUGGUGAGCAGACGGGAGCUGAUGACAGACUCCCAGCAUGGCACGGUCAUGACUUCCAGGUAUGGCAGAGUGAGAAAUGUGGUAGUAGAUGAGGCUCAAAACUUCAAGGACAGAGAUGGAGACUGGUACUCACUGUUGGAGAAACUCUCACAACAAAACCUGCCUGACACCAAGUGUAUCACUGCUGGCUAUUUCUGGCUUUUCAUGGAUUAUGCUCAAAAGGUUCACAAGUUUGAAGCUGGGCUGCCUGGUUUGAUUGGGAAGAACAAUUUCAUGCUGAGAGAAAUAUCCAGGAACUCAAAGGAAAUUUACGAAUAUGCAACAAAAUUUAUGGAAGAUUCAAAUGAGUCUCCUUCCAAAAAUGGCGUGGCUGUUUCUCCUCAGCUAGGCCAUGAGUUUAGUUCAGGUAAUGAUGUCAGCGUGGUGAAGUGUGAGAAGUCUUCCAUGCAGGACAUGCUGUACAAGGUCCUGAAGCAGUUCACUGACCAGGGCAUUGACCUGAGCAACAUGGCCAUCUUGGUCAGCAAGAAGAGUGAAGCAGACGAGGUCAUGCAGUCAGUCAGUGAAAGCUGCAUGUUGCGCCCUGUGCCAAACCUCAAUGCACCCAACACUGUAGCUGGUCGAGGCGGCCUCCCCCAGGGUGGAGAGUCUGGUAGCCUGACCCAGGGGGAAAGCCCUGUACAGUCCAGGCUGACAGUGUCCACAGUUAGAGAGUUCAGUGGUCUGGACAAGCCAGUGGUGAUUGGCCUUGACCCUCACACCAAUGAAGAUCACGCUGACCUGAAUAAGUUUCUCUUAAACCUGGUUACCAGAGCCAAAGAUUCUCUGGUUAUUUUAACCACCUCUGACCAGCUCUUGCAAAAAUUGAAAGCCUAACCUUUACUGGGUUUUACAAUCUGUCAUAUAUAUACUAUAAAAUAUUUUUACAUAUUUAAUAAUUAUACUCAUUGAUGUAUACUUUAGACAAGCUGGUGGUCAUUAGCCUGACCCUCACAACAAUUAUAUUUAUGUUCAUUGAUGUAUACUAUACUGUUCCUUGAACUUAAUAUUGUUUAUGUAAUAAUGUAUUCCACAGUUUAUUUUUUAUCUACGUGAAAAUAUUUUUGAAGUGUACAUAAUGUAAAGGAGCAUUAAAUGAAACCAUUUAAGAUGUAUAACUGGUUUUUCUGAACAGAAAAAUAAUUUAGUAUGUAAUAUGAAUUUAUAUUGCUCAAUGUAAUGAUCUAAUUACUUAUUAUACAUAUCAUUUUUCUGUGAUCUCCUUAUGUUUAUCCUUUACAAUUUUACAUUUAAAGAACUGCUUGGCCUAUUCAGCAGUGUUUAACAGUUCAAUGAUGCUAUUGGCUUAAACACGUGGUAGUUAUUUUAUGGCAGCUAUGUGAAGGAAAGUGGGUUACACAAUGCCAAACUAGACAUUUUGUUUAAGGCUGGUCUGAAUCAGGUUGCUAGAUGACCACAGUAGCCUGACCGCCACCUCCCUAGCUACCAAGUAGAAGCAAAAUUGUUAGUGUGGUUUUUAAAAAAAAAUCUUUUGACUGGUACAAAUAUGCUGUAGCUCAUUUGUUUUGUUACAUCAGAUGGUAAAAGUUUUGUACAUGUACACCAAAUGGUUGAUAUAUAAAUCUACCAUUGAUAUGCAUUUUUUAUUAUACUAUACACAUCUUCCAAUAUACUUUACAAUAAAAAAUCUCUUUAAAAUGACUUGAAAGAAUUGUUUUAUCACAAAAUAGGGCAAUAGUUGUGAAAUACAGUUAUAACUGUUCAAGUUUUAAGAUGUAUGUAUUUUUAGUUACAUAACAACAUGCUUUGUGAUCUGUGACAAUUAUUUAAAAAAAAAAAAGACGAAGUCUAUCUU